GCCGUUUGCCGUUCCCCGCCCUGCGGUGCAGCCGCUUUUCCCCCGGAGCGGGUGCCCCGGGCGGGCUGUGCCGUGCCGGCUCUGCCGUGCCGCCCAGGGCAGGGCUUGUGCUCCCCUGGAAGCUGCUCCGAUGGAGGCACGGGAGGCGUUUGCUGCCCCUAAACCGAAAGCAGCCGUAAACAAAUGCGAAGGGGCAUAACUUUAAAGAACGGGAAGGCGGGGGGCGGAAUGAACCAAAGCGUCAACCUGUGCGCUCAAAUCGUCUGCUCCUCUCCAAACAGUGUUUUUCCCCUCGGGAUGGGUGACCUGGCGAGUCUGCAGUGCCUGGACGUGGUUUGCUCUUGCUGAACCUGGAGGAUGUGGAGCGGGCUGCUACCCCCAGGAGUGAACGAAAGUGAUGUCGAUUCGAGUUCUGAUGGUGCAGACGAUUCACCUGCCUCCUCUUGGAAGAAAGGGGCACCGGAGGACACUGAGGGAGCUCAGCUGUCUGAACUCUUGGACAGGAGUGGGCAGGGCAGCAGUGCCAGCAGCGAACCUGUUGUGGCGCCGCUGGCAGAUGAGGAAAGCGAGUGUCAGACGUGCCCUCCUGGAGUCUCUGUACACAUCUGGAACGUGCGUGUCUCUGCAGAAAUUUGUGGAGCUUCAGAAGAAGCACCGUGAAAUGAAAAUGGAAGCACAGCAGGAAAACAGAUGCCGAAAGAGAAAGCGCCACCGAAAAGCAAAACAGACGAAGGCCGAUGAGGUGACUAAGAGGUAUAACCAGGUCAAUGUGACUGUAACCAGUAGCCAACAGUUGGAAAAUGAAGAGAAAUGGAAAGAACUUACACAGUACUUUGGAAUCAAUGAUAGAUUCGAAUCACCUGUGCAUAGCAGGGCCCCACAAAAGUCUGGCCUUGAACUGAGCAUAGAGAGGUGUGUGGCUGAAGGUGACAUUGCCAAGGCUGAGGAGCUGAGUGACAGGCUGGCCAUGCGUGAGCUCGGUGUGAAAAUUGCCAAAGCAGCUGCUUGCCGCAACUUCGUGAAAGCCAAGCAAGAGGCAGAGGCUGCCCAAGAAGCUCAAAAGAAAAAGAAGCUUGCUUGGGGAUUUGAAGCCAAGAAAAGAUGGGAAACAAAAAGCAACAUGGGAUACAUGUAAUCUGUCGUGCUUUCCUCAGAAGUCACAUACCUGUUGUUACUUGAAGAAUCUUUGUAGGCAUCUUGUUAAAUCUAAACAUAAAAACAAAACCCAGCACAUCCAGUGCCUUGUAUUUAUCUUCCUGCUGUUAGACUGCACUGGCUUGUUUUGGUGCUGUCUUAUAAAAUAGUAAAAAGUACUAUUUAAACAUCAAUCCUAUGUUAAAUGUAGCACUUUUCUCAUAAAUAUGAAAAACUUAGCUAAUGCAUUUCAGAAUGCAUUUGGAGUCUGGUAGAGAACUGCCUGAACUUGGAAUAAAACACUUGGUCCAAACAUGUUUUGUGCUGUACUGCAGUUAUGAGGGGUGGGUGUAAGGGGAAGGGUAAGUUUUCCUGCUGGGGUUACACAGACUUAAUGCAGGCAGUACUGCUUUCCUGCUUGAAAGCUGGAGGGGAACUCUAAAUAAAGAAAAGCAAAACAAUCCUACCUGUUUUAAACCAAAAUUAUUUAUGCAUUUAUAGCCUUAGUAAAUAGAAACACAAAACAUUUGUGUCCCUCUCCUGGAAGGAUCUGGUACUUUUUGUCAUGUCCUGGUGCCACACUCUUCAGAACAUUUCAAAUUCCGAUUUUUCUCUCCUUCCCAAGAACACAUGUUUUAAAAGUACCAAUUUCUUUGAGCAGAUAAAAUAUAGAAUUGUGUAUCUUGGAAAAAUAUCUGAACCGUGUUAACGUUGUACAGUCAAGUGCACCCGAGAUACAAAUGCAGAUCUUCCUAGGAGUCAUGUGUUUUACAGAUCAAUUAGGAUUUGAAUGUUUAUGUUAUAAGAUUAUAACAAGAACUGGUGAUAAUGUUUCUUCGAAAUUGUUCUCAGUGAAAAGCAGGUACACAUUCAGAACUAAUAACUUUCCUCCCUGAAGCUCUUGCGUGUAUGUGUAGCCACCACAAGGCCCGAAUUGAAUCAGUAACGUAAAUGUCAGUUAUUGUUAACCAAGAUUAAUAUGUUUCAGGCCAGAGGUGUGGUAUUAGCGUAAUGGUGAUUUACUGUGGAAGUUCUUGAGGCUAAAACACCUUGCCAACAAACAGCAAUUGGAAGUUUUACGGCAGCAAUUCGGGGAGUUCAGCUUUGCAGCCCGAGCUGGAAUGGUGCAUUUUUGUUCAUUAGCCCUCGGGAUAUUUGAUUCUCUGUCUUUUUUUAGCAGAACAUCGUAUUUCUUUCACACAGAUGAGAGUUUGCAGCAUGGUAAUCUGCAGUUAGCUGUAAUUAGCUGUGAUGACAGAGUUGAACACAAUUGCCAGGAUUGUAAAUCAGGGGCUAAACAGGUUUCUGCAGUAUAACACCAUAAAUCUCACUCUAGGCUUACAAACUACAUUGCUUUAGGAACUUGUGUGUGGAAGGAAGCAAGUGUUAUCUCUAGUAAAGUGAUUAUAAAGGAAAAUUGCAUGUUUACGUGUGCAAACACACAGGUUACACCGUGAACCUUCAUCGAGAUUUUUCUCAGUUCCAAGUGCUCCUGUCCAAAAGUUCAGGCACUCUCUCCAUAAUUUCUGUUAUUUUUUAAGCAGCUGGCAGAUGGGUGUUAGAUACAGUUGACCUUUCUGCUUGUUGUAUACUGAAAAGCAGAGUGAUGCUGAUUAUUUAGUGCCAAACACAUCAGCAGUGUUCCAUUAAACAUUUUAAAUUACUAAUAUAAUGUAUUAAGUAUGCUGUAUAUAUUUUUGCAGUAAAGACUCUUAAUAGUAACAGUAUUUAUGUGUCAAAUCAAGAUCUUGAUCUAGUUACAGGGAGCAGUGUUUUUUGUUAUGAAAAUGUGCUAUAAAAGAAAUCCAAACCCUCAAAAACCAGCUAUUGCCCUAACACCUCUAAUACUUCUCACUUUACCAAUCAGUUUUAUGUUAGGCCAUUAAUCAUGUAACUGUUUAGGAAGUAUGCAGAAUAUUUGCAUUGGGUUACUUGUAUCAUGAAUUUAGAAUGGUCACAUUUCAAGCAUUUUUAUCUACCUAAAGUAUUUGCUUAUUAUAGUUGAUUUCCAGAAUCUCUGGUUAACAGGGAAGAUUCAAAAGCCUAAUCCAGCUUUAUAGAGAUCCUAUAAAUACAUAAUAAAUGAAUGCACGAUGGUGCCUUUAAUAAGCAUCCUCCUAAAUUGGUGAUCUGUUUUGAAAUGUUUUGCAUUCCUCACACUUUUUUUUGGUAAUGUUUGUUUCUGUGUUGUAAAUUUUGGCCAAACAAGUAAAACUGCAUUCUGAGA